UCAACCCCCACGGAGGAGAACGACGUCUCCCAACAAGCCUUCACGAGUAGCAUCCCAUCCCCCUCAUUCCCUCUCUCUCUAGAAACACAUCGAGAGAGAGAGAGAGAGUGAGAGAGAGAGAGAGAGAGGAUGGGAAGUGGGAAGAAAUACGCUGUCCUGCUCUGCGCGGAGGACUCCGACUACGUGAAGAAGAAAUACGGGGGGUAUUUCGGGGUUUUCGUGGGAAUGCUGGCGGAGGAAGGGGAGACGUGGGACCUGUACCGCGUCGUCGCCGGCGAGUUCCCCGGCGACGGCGAGAUCGCCGGCUACGACGGGUUCGUCAUCACCGGCAGCUGCAGCGACGCGCACGGCCCCGACCCUUGGAUUUCCAAGCUCUUUAAUUUUCUUCAAAAAUUGGAUUCCUUGAAGAAGAGAGUCUUGGGGAUUUGCUUCGGCCACCAGAUAUUGUGCCGAGCACUGGGCGGGAAGACUGGCCGCGCAACCUCAGGAUGGGACAUCGGAGUGCGCACCGUUCAUUUAUCGCCAUCGUCGAAGCUCAUUGCAUCUCUGAAAAUACCCAAUUUCCUCUCUGUGAUCGAAUGCCACCAAGACGAGGUAUGGGAGCUUCCCCCUAGGGCAGAGGUGAUGGCAUCGUCGAAUAAGACCGGGAUUGAGAUGUUUAAGUGUGGUGAUCACAUGAUGGGCAUCCAAGGUCACCCGGAGUAUAGCACCGAUAUUCUCCUCCACUUGAUCGAUCGUCUCCUCCAGCGCAAUUUCAUCGCGGAAACUUAUGCUAAUGAGUUGAAGGCUAAUUUGGAGGCUCGUGAGCCAGAUAGGGAGGCAUUGAAGAAACUCUGCAUCAGCUUUCUCAAGGGUAGAUUAUGACGACAAACUUUAAUUAAGAAAAAUGAAGGGAAGAAAUGUAAAUAUGAGAACAACGUGGGGGUUAUUUGGGGACAGGCUGUUAGGGCUACGUAGCUUAGACGAGCUUAGAAUUAGUACUAUUUCGAACAAUGAUGCGAUGAUGUCGAAUAUUUAUCAACUGAAAGUUAAGAAACCCAACUUAAUUAGUAAUUAUUGACUUCUCUUCUAUGCCUUCAUAGUUGAAGUCAAUUACUAUGUUACUUAUGAUUUUGGAAAAUGGUGAUUUAUCCUACCUCCA